AUGUCCGGAACUUUGGCCAGGUUUUACAUGGGGCCCAAGCUAUUCAUGGUGGUGACACAACCCGACGAUGUCCAAAAGAUACUAACGACCAGCUGGCAGCGCGAACGCGAUCCGUACUUCAUGCGUCCACUGAGGGUCUUCGUUGGCGAGGGUCUACUUACCAGCAAGGGAGACGUCUGGAGAAACCACCGCAAGAUCAUUGAGCCCACAUUCCACACCGAGGUGCUGAGCCGGUUCGUCGACUCAUUCAAUGAAGGCGCCAGGUUCACGUGCGAAAAGCUGGCGGCGGCUGCGGGAGCCGAGGUUGACGUGUACGGCCCCCUGUUCCAUGCGGCCUUGCGGACCUUCACCUCGACCAUCGUCGGCAUCCAGCUGGACGAGUUAGAACCAGACCGGCUCAAACAGACCGAGAUCGCCGACGAGGUGAAAGACGGCCUGCAGACCAUACAGAAGAGAAUUUUCCGUCCCUGGAUGCAAAUGGAAUGGGUCGUUUCAAUGACGCCGGAAGGUCGUGCUUUCAGAAGACAAAUUGGUCUGAUAAAUGGAUUAGUGGGACAGAUAAUAAAUAUGGCGAAGAAGAAAAGAAAUGGGACGAUGCUGUACAAGAGGAGCUCUCUGAUGGAUGUCCUGUUGGAUCGUCGAAGAGACAUGGAGAUAUCAGAAGGAGAAGUUCAUGAAGAGGUGUGCACGUUUGCACUGGCGAGCACAGAAACGACGGCAGCGGCAACCGGUUUCACGCUGUCUCUGCUGGCCUUGCACCCGGUGUGGCAGGACGCGGUGCACCGGGAACUGGACGAGGUCUUCGGCACAGGAGAAGGCCGCUUCAGGUCGUCCACUGCAGCAGACAUCGCCCGUCUCGCAGUGCUGGACUGCGUCGUAAGGGAGACGCUGCGGUUGUUCCCCAUAGUGCCGAACCUGCCGCACCUGGUGUCUGAGGACACGCCGCUGGACGGCGGCCGCUGCGUGGCGCCGCGGGGCGCGUGCGUGCUCGUCGCGCUCAGCCUGCUGCACCGCCAGCCGGACUCGUUUCCCGAGCCGGACCGGUUCGACCCCGGGCGCUUCCUCAAGGGCGGCAGCAGCGCUGACAGGCACCCGUACAGCUACCUGCCGUUCGGCACCGGCUCCCGCAAGUGCGUGGGCGGGAGGUUCGCGCUGCUGCAGAUGAAGACGCUGCUGGCGGCCGUGUUGCGGCGCUUCCACGUGUUGCCCGGCUCCAGCAGGCAGCAGCUGGAAGAGGUGGCGCUCUCCAUCACGGGGCAGCCCGUCUCGGGUCUCAGGGUCGCCUUUGUGCCCCGGCACACCCCGUCGCCUGCCGCGGCACGUUCGUGAAGCACUGCGGACAGCAAUAAAUUACGUCAACGUCGGGGCGCAUUCUCUCUGGGAAACAAUUCAGACGAUGUGCUUCUUUCUGUGACGAGGACGGUCGCUUCACAUGUUUUCAGCAAUGCGCGUACGUACAAGUACGCAGUGUUUCAUGUACAUUCAUCCUAUUUCAAAUGUCUAUAUCCUUUACGCUAUUGAAGAAAGAAAUGGGGGUAAUUUUAACUUAUUUUCAAAAGAAACAUCCAAAUUAAAAAGAAAACAACUUCCUAAUGUUUUGCAAAAUUAUAUUUACUUUGUCGCGAACCGGCUUUUGGCUUCCUGGGCCAUCUUUAGUUGACAACUGACUGUGGCAAACACAGAUAUACAUUAUGUGCGACUUACACAGAUAUUAUUUGUACAGAAGAUAAAAAUAAUGACAAAAUGUUUACAUAGAGAAAUAUUACAAUAAUUACAUUCACUAAUUAACUAAUUAAAUAGCUUCUCUCAGGGGCAACUCUCGAAUCGCAUGUUACUUCCAACUUCUGUUCAAAAUGUUCAAAUGUGUGUGAAAUCUUAUGAGACUUAAUUGCUAAGGUCAUCAGUCCCUAAGCUUACACACUACUUAACCUAAAUUAUCCUAAGUAUAAACACACACACCCAUGCCCGAGGGAGGACUCGAAUCUCCGCCGGGACCAGCCGCACAGUCCAUGACUGCAGCGCCUGAGACCGCUUGGCUAAUCCCGCGCGGCUCCAACUUCUGAAUCAUGUUCUUCAAUAUCAGUGGGGAAAGGGGAUCUCUCCGUCUUCUUUUAAUGCGUCAAUAUUCGCGAAGAGCAGCACCACUCUUGCUGCUGCUUUGAUAAAACAGCUUUACGAGUAAGGUCCUGCUCAUCUUGUCCAGAACCAUGUCAACUAUCUGCAACUGUAAUGCACACAGAUGCUUAUGUUUCAACCAUACGUAGCAGUACUGGUUAUCAUCACAAUCAUCACCACAUUAACACUACCAACAAUGCAAAUCCUACAGCUCAUAGUCUGAACAUUAUUCCUAUGAAGUUUUAUAUCUAUACGAUAGCCGACCGGGGUGGCCGAGCGGUUCUAGGCGCUACAGUCUGGAACUGUGCGACCGUUACGGUCGCAGGUUCGAAUUCUGCCUCGGGCAUGGAUGUGUGUGAUGUCCUUACGUUAGUUAAGUUUAAGUAGUUCUAAGUUCUAGGGGACUGAUGACCUCAGAAGUUAAGUCCCAUACUGCUCAGAGCCAUUUGAACCAUCUAUACGAUAAAUAGCUUAGGAUUCCCUCUAGACUGGCUCAAGUAGUGAAAGUUUGAUUACUGCUACUCUGUACAUCUUUCAUGCAGUGUAUUGUUUACGUUUACGCGCUUACAUGUGUGACGAGAAUUCUUUUUUCCAGCAUCCGAUCGGUAGCGAAAUUAAAACCACAGUGAAAAAUCCGGUGAAGCUUUGCGCAGAUGUGUUGCGCAGUUUCUCUAGUAUGAGCAUAUAUCGCACACCGUCGUACUUCUCAGGUCUGGGUGCCCAGUGAGUACAUGAAGAUGCCUGGAAAGUCAGUGUCUCCUGCUGUGGGGUUUCUCCUUAUUUCCAGCAGAUCACCGAACGAGGUAGCGCAGUGUUUAGCACACGGGACUCGCAUUCGGGAGGACAACGGUUGAAACCUGCGUCGAGUCAUAUAGAUUUAGAUUCUCUGUGAUUUUCCUAAAUCGCUCCAUGCAAAUGCCGAGAUGGUUCCUUUGAAAGGGCACUCCCAAUUUUUCCCAUCCUUGACACAAUCCGAGCUUGUGCUAUGUGUCUAAUGACCUCAAUGUCGACGGGACGCUUAACUCCAUCUUCUUUCCUUCCCUUUCGUGCAGAUCAUACAACUUAACUGUCAUGUGUAUCCUUCUUCAUGACAACUCUCGAUCGCAUGUUGCAAAAAGAUUCGACGAAGACGCUCCUGCAGAGUUUUCGAAGAAGAGUGUUUGGCCACCCACUAAGCAGCACGGACUUGGCUCCCUCUGAUCUUAAUUUUUUUGCUCCCAUCAACCGCUGGCUGUGAGGAUAGCAUUUUGGCACAAUUAGCUGCAGAAUAGUGUGGGGAAUCGGCGGAAAUCACUGGUGUCUGCCUUCUAUGAUGAGGGUAUUGGGAAACUGCUACCAAACUACUAAGUCGGAAUGGCUACUAUGUAGAGAAGUAUCUGGAAGGUGAAGCUAAAUGUCGAUUUUCGCGACUUUCGCGAUCACCAAGAAGAUACAAGAAAUAGCCUUCAUGCAACCUGAGGGUACUAUUUACAAUUAAGUUCACGAAAAAUGUUUUCAUUUAACUUUGUCAAAUGUACAAUGUGCAUUUCACGGUACACACGACAUGCUAUUUAUCGUCAAACUCGUUCCAUGUUUUCGUACACGUUGAUGGAGCUACUGCACUGACUUCUGCUGUUAUAAUCUCUCUACAAACUCAGAAACGAGUAGGCAAGUCUUCAUUCUAAUGACGAAGCAACACAGACCCUUCUGAUCGUACUUUUUCGGUCAGUGGUGACACAGUCCGCAGACACACAGGGAGACACAAAAAACGUUCAUACUAUACGGAAUACAGAAAUUGGCUAUGCAAGAAACGCGGUUGUAACGCUUUUCCGAGGAAGACACUACACCCACAAUUAGUGUUGCUCGGUCUACAGUUGUUUUAAUAUUGUUGUCUGUCGCUGUUGUGUAUGUAAACUGUUUCUUAUUCUUAAAUUUCGUGUAUGUCUGUGUUGUAAUGUGAACCUGAAAAAUUUUACUAAAAAUAAUUGCAAAACAAUAAAACUAGACGAAAUAAGCUAUCUUGUGAAAUUCUGUUGAGAGGCACCCACAUGACUUUGAGAGGAAAUGGCUGUUUUACAAUUGUCUUGGAGCUGUUGAUGGGAAACAUAUCAUUUUGCGAAAACCUCAAUUAUCUGGUUCCUCAUUUUUCAAUUACAAACAGCAUUGCUCUGUAGUAUUAAUGGCUACUGUCGAUGCUCAUUACAGAUUUACCUCUAUAGACGUCGGUUCAAUGGGCAGAUUUAGUGAUGGAAAUAUUUUUUCUAAUUCAGUAUUAGGAAGAAAACUGACUGACGGAACUUUAAAAAUCCCAGAAGAUAAAUCGCUUCCUGGACAACAAAAUAGAGCCCCUUACGUUUUCGUAGGUGAUGAGGCAUUUCCAUUAUUAAAAAACUUAAUGCGACCGUACCCCAAAUGCAGAGUUACUGGCAAUGACAAAAAUAAAGUUUAUAAUUACAGACUGUCUCGUGCUCGUCAAACUGUAGAGUGUGCAUUUGGUAUCUUGAGUUCCCGAUUUCGUGUGUUUAAACGGCCUUUUGAGUGUGAACUAGAGACUGUAGAUAGAAUUGUGACAGCUACAUGUGUACUUCAUAAUUACUUGAGGACUGAUAACAUUACGUCAAAUGAUCUCGCCGAGGAGGACGACAUGGGACCACUGAGUACCAACCAGCUUCUGUCGCCUGCUCCAAGUAGGUGCAGAAACACGAGUGAAGCUUUUCUUACAAGAGAAAAAUUUAAUGAGUGUUUUAAUUCACCAGAAGGUUCUGUUCAAUGGCAGUAUGCAGCUAUAAAAAGAGGCCAAUACUAAAGAGAACGACUUAUGUCAUUAAUGUUACAUGAAUAUUGUGAAAAUGCAUAUAAAAUAAAUCAAUUAAU